CUGCCGAGUUCCGAGCGACCGAUGGAGAUGGCGGCCGCGGCUGUGUGAGGGACGGUGGAGGCCCGGGCCCGAGGACGGGACAGGCCUGCGUGUCCGCAGGAGCCCGGCCGGGUACAGAGGGUACUGUGCUAAACCUUGGGGAGACGGCGAAGGGGAAAACAUACAGAGUUUGUGCCCUCCCAGAUUUUUCAGUCUUACUUGGUCACUUCACGUAUGUACCUGCGGUUAUAAAUUGAGAUGAGUGCUGUGAAGGAGAAGUCCAUUCUGAUGCUCUGAGUGUCUUACAAGUAUCAAGAACUUAAUAUAUGUGGUUGAAUAAACAAUCAAGGUAAACAGCAUCAAGUAAAAACUUCUGCUUGUUGAUAAGUACUUCAGACAUUCCCCCAGUGGCUAAAGUGGCAUAUGAAUUACGAAGUUGGGUCAUUUGGAAUGAAUGUAAGAGAAUUGCCAAGGCUCCUCCUACUCCAGAGAGGAAACCUCAUUCAGGGCCAUGAGGCUACUUCCUCACCGUCUGUGUGCUGCUUAAGCUAAUGCUACGGGAACUAUGAUUCCUUGGGAGGAAUCAAGCUGACUCUUGGCAUGAGAUCCCUGCCUUCCUAGGGUUGAGAGCGGCACCGCCAUGGCUUCUCUGGAUGACCCAGGGGAAGUGAGGGAGGGCUUCCUCUGCCCUCUGUGCCUGAAGGAUCUGCAGUCUUUCUAUCAGCUUCACUCACAUUAUGAGGAAGAACACUCGGGCGAAGACCGUGAUGUCAAAGGGCAAAUUAAAAGUCUUGUCCAGAAGGCUAAGAAAGCAAAGGACAGGUUGUUGAAACGAGAAGGGGAUGAUCGAGCAGAAUCAGGGACCCAAGGAUAUGAGUCUUUCAGCUAUGGAGGGGUUGAUCCUUACAUGUGGGAACCCCAGGAGCUUGGUGCUGUGAGAAGCCAUCUUUCCGACUUCAAAAAACACCGAGCUGCUAGAAUUGACCACUAUGUUGUGGAAGUCAAUAAAUUAAUAAUCAGGUUAGAGAAGCUCACUGCGUUUGACAGAACAAAUACUGAAUCUGCAAAGAUUCGAGCAAUAGAAAAGUCUGUGGUGCCUUGGGUCAACGACCAGGAUGUCCCUUUCUGUCCAGACUGUGGGAAUAAGUUCAGCAUCCGGAACCGCCGCCACCACUGCCGCCUCUGCGGGUCUAUUAUGUGCAAGAAGUGUAUGGAGCUCAUCAGCCUUCCCUUGGCAAACAAGCUCACCAGUGCCAGCAAGGAGUCCCUGAGCACCCACACCAGCCCCAGCCAGUCACCCAACAGUGUCCAUGGCUCCCGCCGAGGCAGCAUCAGCAGCAUGAGCAGUGUCAGCUCGGUCCUGGAUGAGAAGGACGAUGACCGGAUCCGCUGCUGUACACACUGCAAGGACACGCUGCUCAAGAGAGAGCAGCAGAUUGAUGAGAAGGAGCACACACCCGACAUCGUGAAGCUCUACGAGAAAUUACGACUUUGCAUGGAGAAAGUUGACCAGAAAGCUCCAGAAUACAUCAGGAUGGCAGCAUCAUUAAAUGCUGGGGAGACAACCUACAGUCUGGAACAUGCCAGUGACCUUCGAGUGGAAGUGCAGAAAGUGUAUGAGCUGAUAGACGCUUUAAGUAAGAAGAUCUUAACCUUGGGCUUGAACCAGGACCCUCCACCACAUCCAAGCAAUUUGCGGCUGCAGAGAAUGAUCAGAUACUCAGCUACACUUUUUGUGCAGGAAAAGUUGCUUGGUUUGAUGUCACUGCCAACCAAAGAACAGUUUGAGGAACUGAAAAAGAAAAGGAAGGAGGAAAUGGAGAGGAAGAGGGCCAUGGAGAGACAAGCUGCCCUGGAGUCUCAGCGAAGGCUUGAGGAAAGGCAGAGUGGCCUGGCUUCUCGAGCAGCCAAUGGGGAGGUGGCAUCUCUCCGCAGGGGCUCUGCCCCCUUGAGAAAGGCUGAGGGCUGGCUCCCGCUGUCAGGAGGUCAGGGGCAGAGUGAGGACUCAGACCCGCUCCUCCAGCAGAUCCACAACAUCACAUCAUUCAUCAGGCAGGCCAAGGCCGCGGGCCGCACGGAUGAAGUGCGCACCCUGCAGGAGAACCUGCGGCAGCUGCAGGACGAGUAUGACCAGCAGCAGACAGAGAAGGCCAUCGAGCUGUCCCGGAGGCAGGCUGAGGAGGAGGACCUGCAGCGGGAACAGCUGCAGAUGCUGCGUGAACGGGAGUUGGAACGAGAAAGGGAGCAGUUUCGGGUGGCAUCCCUGCACACACGGACUCGGUCCCUGGACUUCCGAGAAAUCGGCCCUUUUCAGCUGGAGCCCAGCAGAGAGCCUCGCACCCACCUUGCUUAUGCUUUGGAUCUAGGCUCUUCCCCAGUUCCAAGCAGCACAGCUCCCAAGACCCCUUCACCUAGCUCAACUCAACAGCCCACCAGAGUGUGGUCUGGGCCCCCAGCCCUUGGCCAGGAGCUCUUAACCCAGAGCAGCAUGCCACAGCAACAUGAGGGGCCCUCCUUAAACCCCUUUGAUGAGGAAGACCUCUCCAGCCCCAUGGAAGAGGGCACUACUAGUCCUCCUGCUGCAGGGGUUUCCUUCGACCCUUCAGCCCGCAUGCUGAAAGAGUACAAUCCUUUCGAGGAAGAGGACGAGGAGGAGGAGGCAGUGGCAGGGAAUCCAUUCAUUCAGCCAGACAGCCCAGCUCCUAACCCCUUCAACGAGGAAGAUGAACAUCCCCAGCAGAGGCCCUCAAGCCCUCUGGUUCCUGGCAACCCCUUUGAGGAACCCACCUGUACCAACCCCUUUGAGAUGGACAGUGACAGUGGGCCGGAGGCUGAGGAGCCCAUAGAGGAAGAGCUCCUCCUGCAGCAGAUCGAUAACAUCAAGGCAUACAUCUUUGAUGCCAAGCAGUGUGGCCGCCUAGAUGAGGUAGAGGUGCUGACAGAGAACCUGCGGGAGCUGAAGCACACCCUGGCCAAGCAGAAGGGGGGCACUGACUGAUCAGCAGUGGAGAGGGCACCUUUGGGCCCAGGGGUCUGGCAGGAGCCAGUGGAGCAGGACAGAGGGCAGGCAGGGUGGAUGGGGAAGGUGGCAGGGUGAGAAGUCAGAUGCACACAGGUGAGGGACAGGAAUCUGCUGUUUUGUGUUGUGCACUUUGAGGUGUUUCCACUACAGUUGAAUAAUAGAAUAGAAACUAGAACAGGGAGAAUCAGCAUUUAUUUGCUGUUUUUCCUGUUUAUUAUUACUAUCUUUUGUAAUUGGAGGUUUACCCCUUUUGAAAGGACUUUACAUUUUUACUAUGGAGAUAUAACUAAAUGCAGCUCUGUUGGGCCCAGGGCAGAAAUGGCUGCUGUGUACCUCUUGGGUCUAUUUGCUACUGCCUAGUCUUGGUUCCUUUUGCAGUAUUAUAGGGCAGCCUUUAUAGAGCCCUUCUUUAGCCAAGACAGAGAAGAUAGAUUCCACUGAGCUAUAUUCUGCUCUGACAGAAGUCCAUCCCUAGUAGGCUGUGAGUUCCAUUUCACCUGGGGCCGCCUCUCCCCUGCUCUGCGCUUCCUGUCUGUACAAUAGCAGGGGGAAGUGCUGCUAUGAAGGGGAGAGUUUAGACCCAGGAGAGCCCAGCACCUCUUUUUAAGGUGGGGUGAUGGGAACAUUUCACCAGGGUCUAUUUUCUCAGUUUAAGUUGUUUUUUGUCUCUUUCAGGAAGUUAAGCUGCCAGUGCAGGGUAUCAAUGUGAAUCUGGUCCUGAGCUUUUUAGAAAAUAAGAGUGGUUAACUUUUUGGUUGAUACUAGUAUUACUUGUGAGAAGAGUUUCCCCACCCUUGUUCUGAUGGAACAAUUGUCUGUCACUGGAGAAAUCUCCCUCCAGAGCUUUGGCAAAGUUACUCUGAUCUGGGUCUGUUUAAAAGGCCUGGUCUCUAAUUUAGGAAUCGGUGAUCUGGAAGCUUUUGCAAAACAUCACCAGAAGAAGGGAAGCUUCCCAGAGUCAGAAGCUAAAUUAAAAUAAUUUCCAAGGCUAUUUGAUCAGCCUUCUUCCCUUUUGGUUCAUUGUGUUCUGACCUGGGGCACUGAUGAGAUUUUUUUUUUUUUUUUUUUUUUUUUG